GGGUCUUGGCCCCCCCACGUGGGAGAAAGGGUGGGGCUAGUGUCAGGUGACUCGGGCAAAUCAUAUGACCAGCAGUUCCCUACUUCUGUAAAUGUUUAAGUUUUUGGGGGGGGGGGGCGUUGUACGUGGUUUUAUGCUAGUUUCCCGCGGACAUUGGCAGCGCGUCUCGGGACUCUCCCUCCCCUCUCGGGGUCAGAUCCUGGGCCGGGCUGACUCUGCUGAUCCAGAAGCACCUUCGCGCCCCUACAGGGGUCGCCGCUGGAGAAAGCAGCGAGGAUGGAUUUGGCGUCGCUCUUGAGCUGGCAUGGACGCAUCUCCCGAGAGCUGGACGCCGUGGUGGAUUUCUGGCUUCAGCAUUCGCACGACGAAGAAUACGGGGGGUUCUUUACAUGUCUGGGCCAGGAUGGGAAAGUUUAUGAUGACUUGAAAUAUGUUUGGCUGCAAGGCCGGCAGGUGUGGAUGUACAGUCGGCUGUAUCGAAAAGUACCAAGAUUCCGGCGCCCUGAGCUCCUGCAGGCAGCCCGAGCAGGUGGGGAGUUCCUGUUAGCGCAUGCGCGAGUGGCCCCACCUUCGCAGAAGUGUGCCUUUGUCCUGACUCGUGAUGGGCGCCCUGUGAAAAUCCAGCGCACCAUUUUCAGUGAGUGCUUCUAUGUCCUUGGGCUGGAUGAACUUGGACGAGCAACUGGGGAACCUCGUUACCAGAGGGAAGCCCUGGCAAUGAUGGAGGCCAUUGUGCACUGGGUGAGGGAGGAUCCCUCUGAGCUGGGACGCCCACUGCUGGCGGGGGCAAUCCCACAUGACUCCAUGGCUGUUCCCAUGAUGCUACUCAACCUGGUGGACCAGCUGUCAGAAGGAGAUGCAGAGGCUGCAAGCCGGUUCAGUGAGCUGGGAGGCUGGUCUGCUCAGCGAAUCCUCAUGCACGUGCAGAGGGAUGGUGCUGCUGUGUUGGAGAACGUUUCUGAAGAGGGCGAGGCGUUGCCAGGGUGUUUGGGAAGACAACAGAAUCCUGGCCAUGCGAUUGAAGCAGGCUGGUUCCUGCUCCGCUACGCGCAGCGCCAGCAGGACUCGGACCUCGUGGCUCAGGCUGUGGAGAAGUUCAUGAAGGAGCCAUUCCGUCUGGGCUGGGACCCUGAACAUGGUGGACUCUUUGCCUUCCAGGAUGUGGAUGGCCUCUGCCCAACGCAGUUAGAGUGGAAAAUGAAGCUUUGGUGGCCACACACAGAAGCCAUGAUUGCAUUUCUGAUGGGCUUUGCUGAGACUCGAGACCAAGAGCUCCUGGAACGCUUUGUCCAAGUUGCUAAAUAUGCCUUUGCCAAGUUCAGUGACCCACAGGAAGGUGAAUGGUUUGGCUAUCUGACCCAGGAGGGCAAGGUGGCUCUCACAAUCAAAGGAGGGCCAUUCAAAGGCUGUUUCCAUGUCCCCCGUGCGCUCUGUAUCUGUGAAGAAAUUCUGGAAUCGCUCGUAAGGGAAACUCAAUUGACCAGCCAGGGAUGAAACACUCCACUAACUUUUCUACAGUGGUACCUCGGGUUAAGUACUUAAUUCGUUCCGGAGGUCUGUUCUUAACCUGAAACUGUUCUUAACC